AUGGAUUGUGAGACACCAUGUUCAUUCAAGUUUGCUGAUGAUAAGAUUAUAGAGUCUACACCGGCAAAGCUGGCUGGUAUAUUUUGCAUGCAGAGGAUUGGAAGCAUAAAGGGUCAGAAGCUGUUAAAGUACUAUUGUCCUAGUGAUUUGACUGACAAUGUUUUAUACAGCAAAUACUUCACCGAUAUCAAAUCUACAAAGCAUCAGACGACGUUAUUGUUUGCUGAACACACGUCAGCAGGAUUAAUCCCGAAAGUUGAGAACCACGAGGAAGAUAUCCCGAGGGUUGGGAGAUGGGAUAUAUACCAGAUUUCUGAUUACAUUUGGAAAACAGACAUGACACAGUUUUCGCCAACUCCUAGCUUUGUGGCUGAGUUUUCACAGCUUGAGAAGCAGCUGGGUAUAUCAACCGUGGUACCCAGCAAGGACGACCUGCAAAGUUGGCUGAAAGCGCAAACUAUUGAGAAUAGCCAUCUGAAAGAGCAACUGCAAGAAAAGCAAGCAAUGCUUAAAGCAGUGUAUGCAAUUGCAAGAGAAGGGAUAUCAGAAGGGGACCUUUCAGGAACAGCGGAAUUCAAGGUUCACAAAUUUAGUUGCCAAAUUAUGCAAGCAAUGGGUAUUGAUCCUUACAAAGUGACCCAGGAAGAGUUUAUGCAACAUGAAGAUGAUGUACAUGGAGGUACUGAGCAUGGAGCUACUGAGCAUGAAGAAGAAGAGUUACAAUUAGUUGAGACAGAGCAACAAGGAGAUGGAAUUACUGAGACAUAUAGUUCAAGUAUGAAGAGUGUGACAACUUGCAAGACUCCACCAAAGAAAAGGCCUGUCGCAAAGCAAAAGCCCACUCCUACAAAUAAUGUUGAUGAGGAGCAGAAGAAAGAUGUUGAAGAGACACCUGUUACGGAUGAGGCACAGAAGAAAGCUGCAGAUGGCGGAGUUGUGGAUGGGGCAGGUGAUGAUGUAGCUGCAAAAGCCGUAGGUGAUGAUGUUACUGCAAAAGUCAAUGAGGAUACACCUGCAACUGUUGGUGACGGUUUGGUUAUGACUGCUCCAACUCAGCCAACUCCUCGAACUUUUGAUGACAGUUCUGCUUCAACACAGUUUGAGGACUCCAUGGUGAUAACUGCUACAACACCGCAAACACAGCCUGACAAUGCUCAGACCUACAGGUUGGUGCAACUAGGAGCUAACCCCGAUGAUAUGACGAAUGUUGAAGUGAGUGAAAUGAUAGAUGAGAUCGUCAGCAACAUUAACAAAACUGAACAUGGACCCGCAGUGACGGAGAAUGCAGAACCUACCUCAACUGCUACAACGCAGGAAAACGUUUUUAGCCUUGGAUUAGAAAAAACUCCAAAACCUGCAGGAGAGUUACUGAAGGAAGCUGCAAAUGCAAUAAGAUAA